GUUCCCGAAAGCGGCGCAGAGUGGAUGGGUGUCUGAAACAAGCGAUCGGCCAAGUAAGAGGGGUCACCAACAUCCAUGGUCCAUCUCACCCUCACUCAACUCAACUCAAUUCUCUAAUCACCCACCCUUGACUCAACUCAAACCCCUGAAAGUGAAAGGCAUCAACUCACAUCCAAACCCCAACCAUCAACCUCACUAUCCACAACCUCAACCCCCAUCAGACAAAAUGGCACCCAACGCCGGCCUCGUCCACCUCAAGGAGUACGACAUCAAAGACAGCAACGUCGAACUGAUCGGCUCCGACCUCGACCACAAAGUGAAGCACGCCUCCGCCGAGACAGAACCCGCCUGGAACGACGGCCGGGUCGGCCUCACCGCAGGGCUCUUCGUCUGGCGCAUCGAGAACUUCGCCGUCGUCGCCGUCCCCAAGACCUCGCACGGCCAAUUCUACGACGGCGACAGCUACAUCAUCCUACACUCACAGCAAAUCAAAACCGACUCAACCACCGACGCCGACAAACCUCCCAAACUCACGCACGCAAUCCACUUCCUCCUCGGCGCGCACACCUCGCAAGACGAAGCCGGCACGGCGGCCUACAAGACGGUCGAGCUGGACUCGUUCCUGCACGGCGCGGCGGCGCAGCACCGCGAGCUGCAGGCCUCGCCCUCGGGGGCCUUUGUGGCGCUCUUUCCGCGGCUGACCUUCCGGCGCGGCGGCGUGGCCUCCGGGUUCAGACACGUCGGCGAUCCGGAGGAUCGGGAGCAGGACGAGGAGGUGGUGACGCUGCUGCGGGUGUUCAAGCACCCGAGCGCGGCGAGCGCCGAUUCGGUGGUGGUGUGCGAGGUGGAGCCGGUGUGGGAGAGUCUGGAUGAGGGGGAUGUGUUUGUGUUGGAGAAGGGGAAAGGGGGGAAGAUCUGGGUGUGGCAGGGCGGGCGGUGCUCGCCGAUGGAGAAGGCCAAGGCGGCGCAGGUGGUGCACGAGAUGAAGCUGGCGAAGCGGGUGGAUGUGGAGGUGGUGUCGCAGGCGGAGUCGCGCUCGCGGCUAGUGGUUACGAUGCUGGGCGGUGGGGAGGAGGAUGGGUUUGGCGUGCUCAAGGCGCCGCGGCCGGUUGACAAUUUGGGUUUGGGAGGGCCAGGGUGCGAGCAAGGCGGAGAAGGCCAUGUGGUUGCGAGUUGCGCAGGCAUACGUGCGGAAGCUCCAAGGCGAAGAGGGGAACAGCGAGGCAUAUCUCACCCCCAUCGCCAAGGUGCGCGAGGGUUGCGAGAGCUCCGCAUUUCUACGUGCUAUCACGGUGGCAUGAGAGGCCCGGCUCGAUUGUGGCGGCGUUGA